AUUGCUUGUUGCAGUUUAUGAAUGUAUACGAAUAUUAAAAAUUCCCACUAUGAAAAUUAAAGCAAGACAUUAAUUUGGACCGUUACACAAUGAUGCCAGAUGGUUCCAUGUUAAUACUGACUAGCUGACCGUUUGUUAGCAGACAUUCUAUAACACAACGAAAUUCAGUUACCUGAACGCUGCCAGUGAGAAACCAACGGUACUUUUAGAAGUUACCGAAUUCAGAUUGAUACGUCAAUGUUUAUCUGCACCCACGUUUAAUUUGACUACAUACGGAUUGAAAAGACUUUUGGUUUGGACCAAUUUGCCAGUUUAAGCGAUCAAAGUAGUUAGAAAAGACUGUCAGUGUUGUUAUUUUCACCACCAUGCUUUUCACUUGAUUGAUUCCCUAUUUGUUAUUCCUUAGACCAACAAAAGAUUGUACUAGGUUUUAUAUUGUUUCUAUUCAUCUGCCCUUAUUGUCAGCGGGCAUAGAUAGUACCCGUAACAGGUGAACUUAGCUGAUUACUGUAUUUCCCCAGUCCCACUAUGAGAGUUGUUUGUGCUAAUAAUCUCAAGAAUUACGCUCAAUCAUUUUCGAGAACACUGUCGUACAUAAGACAACUACUUGUAUCCAAAACAUGCCACUGUGAAUUUUACCACACUUAUGGAGCUGGAACUGACUGGUCUAGGCGUUUAACUUUCAACCAAUAAACCGCCGGUUCAAACCCUCUCCCGAGGUAUGGACAAUCAUUUAGUAUCGCUAGUCCCCACUGUAAGUGUAGCUCAUUGCUUACUGCAUGAACAUGCACGUGGUUGCUUAGCGUAUUUCUGUUUAAAAAUCUUGAUCUUAGUAUUGACAACUUGUGUAUAACUGUACUCUACACGGCCAUUGGGAAGGUGACUUACCAUUGUCUGGGUUAGACGGUUAACUAAUGUGUGGCUCUGAAUCCGAAUGGUCAGUUACUAUCUCUCACUUUAAUAUCAUUAUGCUAAUAUCAACUUUACGUGAUAUUACUGUGACUUUCUUUUUUGUUCGUAAGUUGGUUAUAUGCCUUUACGUCUGUUGACUUCUAAUUGUUCUGAAUGCUAAGCCUUCUGAAUACUUCCAACACUGUGUUUCACAUUUCUUGAUUCGAAUUCAAGCCUAUUGCUGUGAUAAAAAGUAGUCUUUUGUAAAAUGCAACCACUAAUCUGCUUGCAAAUGCAACUUAAAAAGCGUUUUUUUAGUUAUAUUCGCUUCCGGAUGCAGUUAAUGGAAAUUAUUAUUGAAUUAUAAUACUUGUUUACUUCUGUUUCAUGUUUCACUGCUCAAAAUCUGAUAUAAAUUGACCAUGUUAAUUAGCUGGAGGCAAUUCAAAGGAAGCCAUGUGUUAAUUUGUGUUUGAAAACAAAUUACCAGAGGUCUCGAAAACCCAAUUUCGGUUUUCAUUACUUGUUUUCAUUAGGUUACUGAAGUUGAUGUGACGUCCAAGAGUGAACUACACAAAUGUCUUCUUCUAAACCUAUGUUGGUGGUCAUUUUUGCGGGAUAUAAUCAUAUGAUUUUCUUCAGCUUAAUGUAAGAUAAAAAUGCUGCACUAUGCAUGAGCCAUCAAUUUUCUGAUGUGACUGAAUGUUUGCCCACUUUUCAUGAUAUCGAUAAUUCUUUUGUUAUCAAAAAUAACGUCUUGUUGCUGUCCUUAUUGUUUUCUGUACGUAAAUAAAGUGGAAUUCUUUUAUCUUAUUCUUAUGCCAUACUUUCGCUAACAGCUUACAUUCUUCAAUUGAACAUGAGUGAUUAUGUGGUCAAUGUCGAACCAGAGAACACAAAAUACUCAUUAUUCCAAUCGCAUGCAAGUUCAUCUAUUGGUCUUGAAACUGGAGCUGAGGUGACAGCACUGUGUUCAUUUUCAGACUUACUGUAUGUAGGAACGAGCAAAGGUGUAGUAUUGCAGUUAAUUUUACAGGAGUUAUACAGCGAUGAAACGUACUUUUGUUUCCACGAUGCUUUAUCCAAGAGAAUAUGUUCCAAACCGAUUUCAAGACUUCAAGCAUCUCCCAAAAGAAGUACACUUGUUAUCUUUAGUGAUGAAAGCCUUAUACUAUGUGAUGCUGAGAAACUAGAGACUCUUAAUUUUGUUCCAUCUUUUAAAGCUGUUUCAUCGUUCCAGUUGUGGUCAUUUGAUGAUGAAAAAGAAAAGCUUUGCAUAGGGUUUAAGUCGGGUCUGAUUCAAUUACAUCAUAUUUUCGUAUCCACAUCUCUGCUUGUUUUUGAAAUAAAGUUAGCAGAAAUACCUCUAUGUGUUUGUAUCUCUCCUCAGUUUCUGUGUAUUGGACUGGAGAAUUGUUAUAUGUCAGUGGAUUUACGUACAAGCUGCAUUGUAGAACUCUUACGCUCAGUAGAAGAACCAGCACGAAAAUACAUAGCCCAUUUUACCCAAAAUGAAUUCAUCGUUUCAGGUCCUGGGUCGUUGGCUAUUAUUGUUGAUACGAAUGGAGUCUCUCAUCGAGCACCGCUUCAAUUGUCAUCAAAUAUAGUAGAUGUUUUUGUGUGGAAAAAUUAUUUUUUCACAAUUACUGAUGAAUUUUUCACUGUUCACAAUAUCCUGACACAAUGCCAGCUACAAACUGUGAAUCUCAAAAAGCCGUCCGUAGCUUGUUUUUCUAUGGAUUUGCAUUUGCUUUUCAUUGCUACCUCAUCUAACUCAUCGGAUUACAGUACAAAUAUUCAGGUAUUAGGCCCAGAGCGUUGGGAUCUUGUCGCACGCAGAUUCAUUAUAACCGGUUGCCUAAAACAAGCAUUCUGUAUACAGGAAAACGAGCGAAAUCGUCUUACUCAACUUAUACAAGUUCAAGCUGAGAAAUUUAAGCAUGAACAGCAGUUAUUUGAUAUGAGACGCCAGCGAGUUCUUGGUCUUUUGGGAUUUUAUCAUUUCGAAAUGGGUGAAUUCAAGAAAGCAGCAUCCUAUUUUGAACAAAGUGUUAUAGACAUACGGGAAAUCCUGUUUCGGUAUACUGAUCUUCUACCAAAAGGUUGUUAUUUUAUGCCGAAUUGGUUCUAUAGAUUACAUCAGAUUAGUAAUACACAGCCCAGUUAUGAUGAAGAUCCUCAAACUUCUGGAAUCAAUUUAGUUAGUGAUUUAUGCAUUUUAAGAGCUUCAGAAGAUUCAGACAAUGAUCAUGAUCUCUUGUCCAGUUCAUUUUGGCUAUUGAAGUAUGAAGAAUUUCUUUUCAACUUUUUACGGAAACAUCAUCAAAGUAAAUUUGUUGAAAAAUACUUACAUUUUGUAGAAACUGCUUUAGUCAAAUUAUACGUCCGGUUACAGCAAGCUGGUAUUCAACCUUAUUUUUAUGAAUUAUGUAUUGAUCCGAAAACAUCUUAUAAUGAUUAUGAUCAGCCAACCGGUGGUUUCUCUCCUACAAUCAAUAAAUCAACGGAUAAUAAUGAUGACCAAGGUCUAGUUGAUCUUAUUUCAAACCUGAUACAUAUUGAUGUAGAAGAUCUAACUAUGUACUUAGAAAAGAAUAACGCCUAUCAUGCUCUAGCGCUUAUUUAUCGUUGGCAAGGCAAUCUUUCUGGUGCACUGGAAAUAUGGAAGAAAUUAGUGUAUAAUGAGCUGAAUGAUCCAGGUUUUCCAGGAGUGGAAUUCUAUGUUUCAAUUUUAUCUGGUUUAUCCACAACUAAUUCGAGUAAUCCCCCGAAAUCAUCACUUCCUAGUACAGCCAUUGACUUAUCUAAUGAUGUGAACUAUGAGUUUCCUGUGUAUGCUGAGCUAGUUUGGAAUCAUUUUCUAGAAGCCUUAAGUACUGGCCAUGAGGAUAUAGCUAAGGAACUUAUGCUUCGUUUUCCAAUUCCUGCUAGUUAUAUUGAUUCAAUCUGUGCAUCACCUGUUGACGAAAUUGAUACAAGUGUAAAUCCUAUUGAAAUUACGCUGGCACCAUCUCAAAUUUUAUCUCCAAAUCAUAUUGUUCAACAACUCCUUUCUUCGCAUCCAAAUUUAGCGAUCACUUAUUUGAAACAUUUGUGUUCUUCCCUGCCCAAUUGUCAUCCAGAGAAUCACAAUUUAUUAGCCAAACUCUAUUUGAAUACUUUGUUGAAUAAAAUAAAGAACUCUGACGUCUCAUCAGAUGAAAUGAAAAGACAAAUUCGUGAAUUAAGAAUUGAGUUUUGUCACUUGAUACGUUAUUCUUUGUUGAUUUCACAUGAAAUACUAUUGGAGCGUUUGUAUAAGGAAAGUGUCUCAGUGCAAAGGAAGCUGGCUUAUGAGUUAGCAAUAUUGGAAGGAAAGGCCAACAAUCAUACUAAAGCUGUGAAAUAUCUUAUUGAAAAUAUGAAUGAUUAUAAAGCUGCUCUGUACUACUGUCUUACGUUUAGUCAACAACCUGUACAGAUUGAUACAAAUGGUGAUGAUCCUACUGCUACUUUAAUCAAGUAUGACUCAUUAAAAAAACAUUCAUCACAUACUUAUCAUGCCACUCAGUCAGAAUUCGUGGGACAAGGUUGUGAUAAUCAAUCAAUGUCUUCUAUGCUGUUUACAACCUUUGUUGACGUCUGUUUUGACAGACUUUUUGCUGAUGAGAACAAUUUUACUGGUAUUAAAGAAAUAAUUUUAAGUCUCUUGAACAAUCCUGAUGUGAAAUUCGAUUUUACCAAGGUCAGCAGUUAUUUUUGUAUUUUUUUUCUUUAGUUCAUACUUAUUGAACUUCUGGUAGAUAUGUGCACCUCAGUGUUUUAAGAGAGAUGCUCUCUCUGGGAUGUGCUUUCGUCGACAAGGUAUUUCUCGCCUGGUUCUUAUGAUUUUGUUCUUCAUAUCGCCGUACGACUGAGUUGUUUAGUGUUUUUUUGAUUGAAGUUGAUACAGUUAAUCCUGUAAAUGCCAUUCAAUUUUUAUUUCGUAGAUAAGAUUCACUAGCUAUAUAUCAUUUCCGAAGUUGAAAAAGUGAAAUAAUGACCAUAUACUAAUAAUUAAGCCAGGCAAAGGUUUUGAAAUUCUCUUGAUCAACAAGUAUGACUGUAUACAGAACGUUUGUUGAUUCUGUAAGACACCUUUUGAUUUGAACCUUAAAAAUCAAAUAAAGACAGAACGAAACCAAUCUAAAGCGAAAUGAAUAAAUAAUUAAAUAUGUUAUUAAAAAUGAAGACAAUCGAUUGAAAAAAGUGUAAUGACUUUAUGUUUACCAGUUAUGCAUGCACAGGCGAGACUACGCCUAAUUAAACGUUGAAACCAUUCACUCAAAUUUUCUAUUUCACAAGUUGACAUACUGGUUACCAAGUAAACAUGAGCCAAUUUGAAAACAGUUAUCUAUCGAAGAUAAGUCUCUUUGGGGAAGACGGUUGCAUGCAACGAUUCUAAGGCAGUGGUUAACUCUACCUGAGAGUGGAGAAGAAUAAACCAUAAAAGAAUAUAUAACUUUAAGCUAACAUACUGAAGGUAACCGGAUGGCUAACACAGUUAGUCAGAAGUUUAAAGCUUCACUUAGCUGCAUAUUUCCACAAGUAAGAUUACUAUCUUAUUGUAAGAUAAACUGUUCAGAAAUGCAAAUCAAGGCUGAUAAAACCCCUUUCAAAUGUAUUACUUCCAAAUGAAUUUACCGAUUAACAUAUAGGUUAAAAAUUAGCUACUUAAGUUUGUCACGAUAACAAGCAUUUACACUCUUUGCUGAUAAUGAUAUUGUAAAACAUUAGAGCACAUAAGAACGAAAUGGCAUUGGUAGUUCGGUAGCAAGCUAACUAAUGGAUACAGAGAAUAUUGAACACUUUGAGCAUGCUUUCAAAAUAAUUAAUAAACACUACAAUUCUUUCAUAUUCUACUUCACAGAGACCAUUGUAGUUAUAACGUUAAAGCCUGACCUUCAUAUUAAAAAAACAGUGGUUGACGUUGUAAUGGUGUAAGCAACCACGCUCUCCUUUUCUUAUAGCACUAACUGGGAUUGCAAUUUAUUCAGUUGGACUCAAUUAUUUUGUCCUUUCCUACCUCUAUUGUAUUCUAGUUCAUUAAUUUGUUGUAUUACAUAAUAUGUUAUGAACAAUACUUUUAAAACUGCAUUAAAAAUCUGCUUAUGCAACUAUCUUGCUUCAUUACACUGCUUUUUAAACAGUUUCACUGUAUUCACCACCACCUUAUAUCUGGAUUUUUAAUUAUGUUAUUGUAUCGUACAACACCUUCCAUUCAUCAAUUUCAGCAAAGUAAAAAUACAAUAGUUCACAGAAUAAAUCGAGUCCAUAUUCUCUGGGUUAACGGUUUCUCUUUAGCUGCAAACAAAAUAAAAUAAAUCCUAAAUUCAUAUGGGAUAAUUUUAGAAACAUACUUUUGUUUAGAACAAAAUAAUGAUGUACAUUUGGAAAAGUAAGUACAACAAGUAGAAUCAAAUGAAGGUUAUUGGCAACUUGUAUAAUGAAGAAAGUUUGCUUAUUCGUAAGUAGUUCUUAAUUAUCAACAGAAGUCUACAAAAAGCAAUUAUUAUACCUAUUAUAUGAGGGCUGAUGAUACCUUUUUGGCCUCCGAACCUCGUCAGAUGGAUCAGGAUUCCAACACGUGACCCAUCAGCUAGGAAGUCGAGUGCGUAGACCAAUAAACCAUAGAUUCACAGUUCUAAUAGCUAGUGUAAGGAAUAAUGACAACGAGGUAAUCAUUGUACUUAUAGCAGGUUUAUCACACUGGAACAAGUAUACGAAUGUAAUAUUACGUUUGAUUUGUAGAACGGAUCAGAAAAGCAAGAGAGAAACAGGGGAUUCACUUGUUUCCACUAUCAUACACUAGCCAGGAGUGGCUUUAAAGACCAUUUUAGCAAUUACUGAGGUAAUCUAUUAGGCUUCUACGUUUUAUGAAAAGGUGACAUUUCUAACCGGAAAGCCGAAACCGGAUUGGUUAACUCAGCAGUUACCAGAGUGAUCUUUAGAGUUACCCCUAACCAAUGAUAGUGAUAAUAGCAUGUAACAAAAAAUAUAAAGUUCAUGGUAUUAACCAAGGGAUUUUGCCGCAGUCAAUUUCACGAUAAACUGUUAGCCAUGACAUCUCAUUGUUCUUAACUUGAUCACACAGAUAAAUCAACGUAAAACCUGGCAUAUAAGUGGAUCGAUUCAAAUUAUCACACUUCAAAGUUGCACGCAAAUAAGAAGCGGUUAGAAAAGUGAUAUUAUGAUCAUCAAAUAUGUAAGUGGUGAGUGAAUGCGUAGAUAAAGGUUGUAUUUCGUGACCUAGAGGUGACAUUUGACUCUGGAGGUCUUAUGGGAGUGCCUAUUACUCUUGAGAGUACUGGGUGAGUACAUUACUACUGUGAAGGUUCCGUAUUAUAGGAAUUAUGGAAGUGUUAUGUAUGGUGAAUUCUUCACUGAGGUUUGUGUCUAUUCACCCUCACCAUUCUCACUAAGUUUUGUCAAACGGGUGCUUCUGAAAUUUUCCGUCUCCUCAUCUGGCCUUAUUCGAAUCGACCUUACCACAGGUGACUUCUUAGUAGACCUAGAGUACGGUGAUGAAAUAAUCCGGUUAGGUGGAGAUAAUGACAAGAUACAGAGUCUAUUGGACAUCUUAAGUGGCGAUUUGCGAAUGUUAGGGAUGCGCUUCUCAUGACUCCAAUGGAAAGUUUUGCUGUAGCACUGGUCUGUGUAGGUUCCUUGAUAAACAAUGCGAGUGAAGCGGUUGAGCGCGUUGACUGCUUAACUUACUUGAGAAGUCGGAUCAACCCUGGUGGGUCAAUAUCCAGAGCAAUCUUUCCAUGGAUAAAGGAGCCCUCUAGGUUUUCGACAUUUAUGGCACCGCCGUGAUAUUCGAUUGUUUAUUGAGGGUUGGGUGUACUGCGCUGCAGUUAACUCUCCUACCAUAUGACUGGGAAACAUGGUCAUUAAAGGUAGAGGAUAUGAGAAGACUUCAAUUGUUUGACCACCGUUGCUUUGCAGCAUAGGUCGUGUGUUGUGGUGUCACCUCAUUAGUAACAUAGAAUUCAGGUACGUGAGCCAGCUGAUGAGGUUGUGAAUCUCCAUUGACUCCACGGGUUGGAGUAUGUGUUACACAUGCCCAUUCAUCAGCUGCUCUAUUGCGCAAUCCCAGCUGAAUUAGGUUGAGAAUGGAAAAGGUCAGAGUGGUUAAACUUAAGUGUUGCAUCAAUGUAUGAAAUCUUUGACCACUGAUCUGAGCCAUUGAGGAUAAUGUAGUACCUUCUAUCUUGGUGUGCUGAUACAAGGUGUGGCAACUUGCGCCAUUAUGUCAUAAUGCCAGGUCGCAUGUUGAUUUUAACUGGUUAAUUCAAGUCUUUAAAGUUAAUUAACAGUGAAUAUCACUGCACUACUAUGACUGAUUUUAUCCAUAUCACUGGGUCUCCAACUGUUGAUUUUCCUCGUCUACAUGACCAUAACCAUGCGGUCUGCAGCUCCUUGCACCCUUUAGACCAUCAGUCAUAUCUUGGGCUGAAUGCUCUUAACCUUCCAACUUCGUCCUGGUGUUGCUAAAAUAGCAUCCAGGUAGAUGGUGGGUUGUAGUGUAGAUCACGGGUUCAAACCAGGUUAUUCGAUAAAGGUGUACAACUUUAUCCGCUGGCUUAUCUUCCUUACUUUGUACCGUCUGCCUUAUCUCGAGAUUGCUUAGACUGAUUUCAGCAUACUCGAGCAAUGCCACGAAGAUAUAUGUAGUCAAAAAUCUGUAAGCACUUCAUGGAUUCUACCUUUAUGGUUUAUAUCUCGUCAUCGCAUAAUGAGACAGAGUGAACUGCAGGAAUAUACACUCGUCUUAAGAUCGGUAGUUAGAUAUCUCAUUGGCAUCGGAUUUGAUGAACGAGUUUUCGUUAUUCAAGCUGAGAUUUGGUCACCAACCAAUCCCACCUAAUUAGGGCUGAUGCAACUUUCUAGAUAAGUGAUAUUGUUAACGCUAUCUACGAUUUCCCUCUUUAACUUUAAACUGAGUAUUGCUUCAGAACAUUUGUGACGGAUCAUCUAUCAUAGGAAGGUUUAGCACUUGUGAUGCACCCCGAACUACAUCGUGUUAAAUGACCGAUGUCACUCAACUAUUAGGUAUUGUUUAACCAGUAAAAAUGUUAUAGAAAUAGAACUUAAAACUUGAAUAUAAAGUGUUCUGACAUCUUAUUCAACUUCUUUAAUCUAUAGAUAUUAACUCGUCUACCAUCGGAAUGGAAUCUUCUGGAGAUAAAAUCAUUUUUGCACAAUGCAAUUCGUUCUACUUUACGUGAAUGGUCGGAACUCCAUUUCAAAUAUGGUUUAACUAAAUACGACGCAAAACUAGCUGUUCUCGAUCUUCCAGAAAAUUCACAAUCACUGAUAAUUAAUGAAAACACUCCAUGUUCUAUAUGUCAUCAAGCAAUUAAUGUAUAUGGUCCAUCUUAUAAUUUUGCAUGGCUUAUCCGUACAAAUGAAGUCGCUCAUAUUCAUUGUUUAUCAAAUAAUUAACCAAUUUAUGCCAUAUUUCUCUCUUUUUUUUCUAAAUUAACUUGUUGCUCUGUUGAAUGAUUUCUUAUUUCUUGACUUCUCAUUUUUUAUUUUUCCAAUUAUUGAAGAAAGUGAGGUGAGAUGCAUUGUUUCAAUUUGUCUCCAUGUGUGUUGAUUCGUUUGUAUAUAGAACUUUGCUUAUCAUUUUACCUCUGUCAUUUAACUAACACAAUCUCAUCUCUGACUGACAUCAGAUAAUCUCCAUUUGAGAGUAAUUUCAAUCAUAUCGGUUUGAUCAUGAAGUUCAAGCACACUUCAGCUGCAACUUUUAAUGGUUAACAGUUUGAUUGUAUAUAAUACAUGAAAUUAGAAUCAGUUUAUUGACU